GCAAGCGCGGAACAAGAGACGGGGGAAAUAGAGUGGUGGAGAAGUUUUGUUGGUGGCGCCGGUUGGCGAUUGGGCUGACUGGUUUGUUGAGGAGAGGGAGUGUCUCCCUUCCGAGUUGCGGGAGCGAUUUUGGCUUGCAGUAUGGAUCCAAGUGAGAUGACAACUACGUUGGAACAGGCUGGGCACUCACAGCGGGGGAGUGUGUCAUCUUCUGCAGCACGGCACUCAGAGGUUUUGAUUUACCUAGUGAACAACUCAGUCAUUCAGCUCUCCGUGGAGAGUCUGUCAUCUCUCACAGCAGGGGAGCUGGCCAGGACUGUUCGGGAGGCGUUGCAGUUACCUGAUCAGGCUUGCGAGGUUUUCUCAUUCUGGCUCAUCUCUCCCUUUCUUGAGUUGCAGCUCAAACCCAAGCACUGUCCAUACAAGCUCAGCCGGCAGUGGCCGGACCUCCUCUACCGCUUUACCAAAUGUUCCGCAGAUGACAUUGUUCAUGAUGAACCAACCUUACAGUAUCGAAAGAAUGUAUUCUUCCCCAAGAGCAAAGAGUUACAGAUCAAGGAUGAAGGCAUUCUUCGAUUGUUGUAUGAAGAGGCCAAAUGUAAUAUUCUGGAGGGCAGGUAUCCCUACGACUUGGAGGACUGCCUUCAACUGGGGGCCCUCGCUUGUCGAAUCGAGCUCGGCCCCUUUGACCAGGAGCAGCAUAAUCUUGCCUUCCUCAGGGGGAAAAUAGACCUGUUCCUCCCCACGCACCUGUGCAAGAAGCAUGGUGGGUUACUGUCAGCAUUCCGAUCCCGAGGAGCCAAGCAGCAUGGAUAUGAAGAGAUGCUGCUCGAGUCCUUCAGGCAGCUGGUGGAUGAUGCUGCAUGUGAGGAGACUGAGGCAUUGAAGUUACUCUACCGCCAGUAUCUGCAAAAGUGUCACCUGCUGCUGUAUUAUGGCUCCGCAGUAUUCACAGGUCAGAUUGAUAAACCAGUUCAGAGCUUUCUGCAGCGGAAUGCACGCAAACCAGUAACCAUAGCGAUCAGCCUGGAUGGUGUGUCCGUCAUGGACAACAAGGAAAAGUGUGUGCUCUUGGCUCUGUGUUUUCACGAACUCUCGUGGGAAUAUACCUCCUCUGAGGAUGAAGACUCUGAUGACAUCUUGUGGCUGGAAUUUGAUGGAGAGGAGGGGGGAGCUGUUGUAAACAAGCUGCUGAAGAUCUACUCCAAACAGGCGGAGCUGAUGAGUGGGAUGAUUGAGUAUUGCAUCGACUUCAACAGUGCCUCUGAGACACCACCGGCGCAAGACACCGUGGCUGCAAAACCCCCAAGACCAAAGGAGAAACGCGGCAAACUGAAGCGGCAGAACAGUGUGGUGUGCAAUCGGAUCCAGCAGCUCUUGACCAUCGACUAUGUGGAGGAGGGUAAAGAAAUCAAGAGGGUGAAACCUAAGAGAGCUGCAUCGUUCUUCACAAGACAGCUGUCCCAGGGCCCAGCCUCUUACAGUGCUGUGGAAGUCACAGAGGCGUUGGAGCAGGGCUGAGGCGGUCAACUGAGACGGAAACUCUUCUGAGAAAUGAAAAUAAAUUCCAAAAGAGGACUGAAGAGGUGGGGGGGAGGGGGGGAAUUUUAAGCAAAACAUUUUACCAAUAGCCAAAAAUCAUUUGGUGUUUCAAAGAAGCAGUAAGCCCAUGGCUGCUGUAAACAAUCUCUGAAACCAGGUGCCACAGUAUUUGGUGAUCCCUAUUACCCAGUAUUGUGCCUGGUACCUAUAGGAACCAUGUAGAAAAAGACUGCAAUAUGUAUAAUAUAUAAUCUUUUAUUUAAAAAGAUAAUGAAUGCAGAUGUAGAUAUGUAGUGAUUUAUAAAGUGCAGUGGACCCUGCACUCCUUGGUCCUUUUCAUUUCUAGGGGGAAAUCCAACCAUUGCUAUCAAGGUAAAGAUCUCCUCGCUAUCUUUACUGGGUCUCCCAUGCAGAAAUGCAUCGAGAAUAGCCCUUCCUCAUUGGAUCCCAAGCUCCGUCCUAUCUGACACUAAAUCAAUGGCCUCUCUGAUCGUGGGGCUUGCAAGUUUGCCAUAAUAGACACCGUAAGGAGUUGGGCAGAGGGGAGUGGGAAUCACUUUUUUUUUUGAAGUAGUAGCCCUUUCUGGGACAGAGCAGGGGAUUUAAAUUGAAGCGAAAACAAAAGCAGGGUAAUCUGUUAGCCCCUGGAGAAAGGGGACUCUUCACAUUUGUGCGUGAAGUCAUUAAAACCUGGUACUUGCCUUUUCCUCGGUGUUACUAAUGUCCAGCAUCACCUUUUGGUUCACAUUUCUGUGCUUUUUUUUAAUGCAUUGAAUUUUUCUCCUGGAUGCCAACAGGUGUAGGGAGAGGAAGGGGAACAGAAGCUUGACCCUAGUGCCAUUAAUGUAAAUGUUGAGAAGUGCUUCUGAUGUACAUCAAAAGAUGGCUUCUGGUCUGAGCCCAGACACUUCACUACAUUCCUGAUUUAAGUUUCCACUUCCUUUGCAACAGUGUAGCGAGUGAUCUUAUUGGGUGGACAUGCAUGGCUUUGGUCUGAUUUGUGUUGAUGUUUGUGUGGAACCCCAGAAAGAUCUGCAUCCAGCACUCCCAGCGUCAGUCCUGUUUGUAAAUGGCAACUCCAUGGCGCCAGCAUUUUGCAACCCUUCCCUGCUUCCUUCAACUUGGUGGCAAACAACCAACAACAAAUAAAAUAGUGGCCUUGGAAUGGUGCACUGGGGAUCUGUGACCACUUAACAGUUUGCAUAAAACACCUGCUAUUUAAUGACACACCAACAGCUUGGAAAGCUAACAUUACAGACUGUCAUUACAGGCUGAAAGAGUUUAAUCAAAGCUGGAAAGGGUUAAAGGUAUUAUUUCAGUAGCAAUAAAAGAUGUAUUACAUUCCUAAUAGACUACUUUCAAUGCUUUUAAACUUUGCGCAGGGAGUUCUGGUGCUCUAGCGAACUGUCAGUGAAUAUAUAAUAUCUCUGUUCCCCUGGAAAACAAUCUAAAGAUGGAAGUUCUGGACUGCACUGAAAUUAAUCCAAAGAAUGCUGCUGGGUGCUGUUUCCAUUUCUGAUUGCACUACAUAAGGUAACUGAUUCCAGAAUAAUAGUCAGUUUAGGACUUUACCUUUUUUCCCCAGGUGGUUUAAUCUGCUGUGUACAAAUAAAUGAUUUUGUGGGAUGCUCCUACUAAUUAUUAAUGCACAUGUUUCUUAGAUUUGCAAUAUUCAUAUUUCUUUCUACUAAUGUGAAUUAAAAAAAAUCACUUUUUAUA